AUGGCGAGGACGCUCCACGGUGUGGCUUUCUCUCUUGUUCUCCUGGCCCUGCUCUCCGCCGGCGGCCUAGCGGCGGCGGCAGAGAGCCACUGUAAGAUGACCGAAGAAGGCCUGAUCGCGUGCCUGCCGUCCAUGACCGGGGCGUCACCGGCGAAGCCGUCGCCCAAGUGCUGCGCCGCCCUCGGCAAGGCCGACCUGGCAUGCCUGUGUAAGUACGAGGACUCGCCGGCGCUGCCGCAGCUGGGGAUCAACCGCACGUUCGCCUUGCAGCUCCCAGCCAAAUGCAAGCUGAGCUUGCCCAAGAACUGCCACUGA